AUGAGGGUUGAGAUCCAUCAUCUGGUCUAUUUCGGAUUGAUGAUUGCCUGCAUAGCCGUUGAUGAAGACACCAGGGAAUUUGCUUCGCUUUGGGAUGGUCACGCUCAGGCGGAUGGCUUGACCGUCGCAGUAUCACCACUCACAGAUCUUCAUCGAACAAAUCAAGAUCACCCCCCAGAAGCAAUCAACUUUCUCUCAAAGCUCGAAGCCCACCCGAAUAAUCAUCAUAAAAAGGGGCGCAAGGGAAAGAAGCCAAGUUUCCUUGGCCCGCUUGUACCCGGAUCUCAGAUUCCUACGAUGAAGUGGGGAGAGGACCUACGUUUGUUAUCCAAUUCCGAUGAGGAUCUGGCUCCGAGUGGAUCAACAUGUUACAGAGACCUUCCUCAAGCAUCUGCACCUUCUCACGAUCGAAUCGGAAUCCUCUCCUCAUCAUCGACACGAGAAUACAAAAGAUCCCACAGAACACUGGCCUGCCCACCCAAUCCUGAAGACAUUAUCAGUAUCAACAUGAAAUCUCACUUCGAAUUCUCUAACCUCCUGGGGACAGUCUACACCAAGGGCAAUGUGAUCUUCACCCCCGAUGGCCAGAGCGUAAUAAGUCCCGUCGGGAAUCGUGUGUCUGUCUUCGAUCUCGUCAAUAACAAAUCACGAACAUUAAACUUCCAAAAUCGGAAAAAUAUUCAUCGUAUCGCUCUAGAUCCACGUGGAACCAUCCUAAUCAGCAUUGAUGAAGACGGCCGGGCCUUGUUGGUCAAUCUGAAACGAUCGAUUGUACUCCAUCAUUUCAAUUUCAAGCAAAGGGUUGAAGACGUUAAAUUCUCUCCGGAUGGCAAAUACCUCCUCGUCACACACGGUCACCAUGCUCAGAUAUGGCUGAAUCCAUCGCCCACCAUCAAAUCUUUCACUCCAUUCCAUUUACAUCGAACGUAUACCGGACACUUUGAUGAUAUUGUCUCACUAUCCUGGUCGCCUUGCUCGAACUAUUUCCUGACAACCAGUCAAGACAUGACGGUGAGGAUGUACACAGUCAAUCCGGUCGAGGGCUACCGGCCGAGGAAUUUUACCGGCCACAAGGAUACCGUCCUUGGAGCCUGGCUCACCGGAAACCUCUCAGAUCCAACCGACGAGCCCCGGGUGAUCACCGUCAGUAAAGAUGGAGCGUGUUUUGUUUGGCGGAACAAGGACAUGGUCGGUCAAGAUGAUGAAUCAGAUGGCGAGCAGGAUCAGUCUUCCAACGAAUCCGUCACCUCCAAGAAAGAGUGUCGGUCUCUAGACCGGGUCCGCUGGGGAAUAUCGUCUCGACAUUAUUUCAACGUUGCAGGCACUUACGUCACCACCUGUACCUUCGAUUCUUUAACCAACAUUCUAGUCAUCGGCUUCGCCAACGGUAUUUUUGGCCUGUACGAAAUAGCGAAGGAGGUCGGCUCGUUUUCAAACAUCCAUUCUUUAUCAGUUUCACAAGAGAAGAUCACCAGUGUCGCAAUAGAUCCAACUGGACAGUGGCUGGCAUUCGGGGCAUCUAAACUUGGACAGCUACUUGUCUGGGAAUGGCAAAGUGAAAGUUAUAUCUUGAAGCAGCAAGGGCACUACUUUGACAUGAACACGCUAGCUUUUUCUUCCGAUGGGCAGACUAUCGUGACAGGUGGAGACGAUGGGAAGGUCAAGGUUUGGAACUCGACGUCUGGCUUCUGUUAUGUCACAUUCGCCGAACAUCAAUCGUCAGUUUCAGUCGUCGAGUUUGCAAAGCAAGGCACGGUGAUCUUUUCAGCCUCGCUCGACGGGACUAUUCGAGCCUUCGACCUGAUCCGCUACCGCAACUUUAAGACCUUCACCUCGCCCCAUCCAGUCCAAUUCAACGCACUCGCCGUCGACCCCUCUGCCGAGGUCGUCGUCGGUGGCGGAGUCGGCGAAGGAUUUGAGAUUUACGUCUGGUCAGUUCAAACAGGCAAAAUCGUCGACAUCUUAACCGGCCACGAAGGCCCGAUCUCCGCCUUAGCAUUCUCCCCACUCGGAGAUAAGUUGGUCAGUGUCAGCUGGGACAAGACCGUACGGAUCUGGGAGAUGUAUGGAAGGAAGAACGGGGUCGAGCCACUGCAGUUAGCCUCAGACGGAUUGGCAGUCGCGUUUCGUCCCGAUGGUGCCGAGGUCGCAGUCUCAACCUUGGACGGUCAAGUGGCCUUCUUCGAUGUCGCAGAGGGCAAACAAAAGUCGCUGAUCGAAGGACGGAAAGAUAUUUCUGGUGGAAGGAAGUUUGAAGAUCGAAUCACCGCUGCAAAUAGUGCCAGUGGCAAAAGCUUCAACAGUCUCUGCUACACUGCUGAUGGAUUGCAACUCCUGGCUGGAGGUAAUAGUAAAUACGUUUGCCUGUACGAUUGUCGUGAUGGCGUGCUGCUCAAACGAUUCGAAAUCUCGGAGAAUUUGAGUUUGGAUGGGACCGAAGAAUUUCUGGACAGUCGAAAGCUCCUAGAAUCUGGCAUAUCAGUCAAUGAGAUCAAUGAUACGGCUGAAUUGUCUGACUUGGAUGACAGGCUGGAUGCAAAUAAGAUCCUUCCAGGAUCCAAAGGUGGCGAUAUGUCCCGGCGGAAAUACAAACCCGAGAUCCGGACCAAAUCGGUGAAGUUUUCGCCGACUGGAAGGUCGUGGGGAGCCGCUUCGACCGAUGGACUGCUGCUCUAUUCCCUGGAUGAUACGAUUCACUUUGAUCCCUUUGAACUAUCGCUCGAGAUCACCCCGACAUCGAUCCAGCAAACCGUCAAGAAAUCAGAAUAUCUCAAAGCUCUCGUGAUGGCGUUCAGAUUGAAUGAAAAGUAUAUGAUCAAAUUCGUCUACCAAUCGAUCCCGUUCAAAGAAAUCAAGAUCAUCGCGGCACAGCUCCCGCCGACUUAUGUGUCCAAGCUGCUCGAAUUUAUCUCGAAAGCCAUGGUUGACGGCUCGUCUAAUCAUCUCCAGUUUAACCUCACUUGGAUCAACUCUAUCCUCACCUCUCAUGGACGAUACCUCAAGAACCAUUCCAACGAGGUCGCGCCGACGAUGCGCUCGGUCCAAAAAGCUCUCCUCGACUCCCAUUCUUCCGUAUCUAAACUAUCGAACUCAAACACUUAUAUGCUCCGCUACUUGAUUGACCAAAAUAACCUCCAGCGUAAUCCUCUUGCGCUUGGUUCAGAUCCUGAUGGUGAUGGUGAUGUGGAAAUGUCUUGA